AUGGAAAAAUUGCAAAGUUUUCAGAACAAAUUUGCGAAGAAAAUUAAAUUAGGCAAAAUGUCUUCUUCAGAAGCUCUGAAGUGUCUGAAUUGGCUCCCUCUGGCUGGAAGACGUCUAUUUCAUCGUUGUACCACCGUAGAAAAUGCAAUCAAAGGAGACAUUCCGCAACAUUUUGAAAGUUUUAAAUCGACAUUGAGAAGUUCGCAUGGCUACAACACUAGAAAUGGCUACUUACCUAGACAGCCUAAACCUAAAACGGAAUUCGGAAAGAGGGUGUCCUACUUCCGUUUUACAAAUGACUGGAUGUCUCUCCCAGUAUUUUUAAGAAGGCCAAUACCAUGCACAAUUUUUAAGGAAAACCUUACAAAAUUCCUAAUGGAUAAAUAUUUUAAAUAA